UUAGGCGCUGCAUCUGCCGCUAAGGUUUAUCGGGUGUUAGCGGCCGUCGUGAGUUCCCUUCGGGAACGAACACGACAAUUUACUUUUUUUUACACAACCGACUCAGCUAGCUGUAGUCUAGGAAAGCAGGAGUUUGUACUCAAGGUUCUGGAUUUACUCAGUAGUGGGUUCAGUCGUUUUUCACUAGUAGUAAUAGUAUCGCAAGUCUAAUUGUAGCAACAUCAACAGUUCUGUAGCUGCCAUAAAUUGCUAGCUUCAGUGGUCAAGGAAAACUAGUUCGCUAUGACAGGGCGCCACAUCAUUGUACCAACACUGCUGAUAUUUUUGACACUGUUCAAGCAUGGACUUUCUCAAAAGUUUCCACGUGAACAAUGCCACAACUCAGUUACGUUAUACAAUGUGAGCAAGGGCGAGGUCCUGUAUGGGGUGGAAGGGGCACUAUCAACAUCCUUACCAUCCAUCACAUGCUGCAUACGUCGCAGCUACUAUAGACGGCAGCCUUAUCCAGCAUCAAAACAGUACUUGUUCUUCCAGAAUUCUCCAGUAGCCAACCAUCCACAUCUCGGUGUUUCGAAACACGUUGAUUGGUAUCGGCAUUUCGAAGAAGUGUACUAUUACCCCACCAUCGUUUGGCCACAUAUUUUAACCAAAGACAUAGCUGGUGAAUACAAGUGCAGUCGCUUUGACCUUGAUCCUGGGUGGUACUAUGUUAGCUUCUACUUAGUAGUGGGAGAAAAACCUAAAAUCACUUUCAUCACCAACUCAGUGACAGUAAUGUCGACAUCCUGGAAGAUUGCAUCUCUAGCUUUGCACUGCAAUGCAUCAGGUGAUGAACUCAAGUAUUCCUGGACGAAGGACGGAGUGCCGCUCCGCUCAGCAUUGGGUGCAGAUGGUUGGACACAUUCGUUUGCUGGUGCAGUGACAGCAGCAGAUUCUGGCAUAUACAACUGCUCUGCUUCAAGUCGCUAUGGUCAUGAUUGGAAACAACUUCAUCUACUUGUUCUUGAUAUUCCAAGAUUUUGGCUCAAACCAGUACCUGCUAUAAUCAUGCCACACUAUCUUCUGGCAAGGUCUGUUGGUCUUCUUCUCACUCCACCAUCAUCAACUGGCAAUUCACCAAUAACAAGUUAUGAAGUCAUUUGUAGACCUGAUGUGGAGUACAGAUCAUAUGUGAAGGACACUGUACAGAGGUUUUCAGUGACCAGUGUCACUGUUACUGGUCUUCAACCAGCCACCAAGUACAGUUGCUGGUAUCAUGUAUGGAAUGCAGUUGGUCGCAGUGGUCCAAGUCCAAUUCUCAAGCUGACCACUCCGGAGUCCCCCCCAGGAAAACCGGAAAAUCUCUCUACAGUGUCUAGUUCAGCAGGGCAUGUCACCACAUUCUUCAAGCCAAUUUCACCAGUACUUUCCCAUGGAGUACUCACUGGAUAUCAAAUUACUUUCAAUGCCACUGAAUGUGUUACACAUCAGGACUGUCCAUGUCAGCAAUACAACUGCUCUCUACGUGGAGCUGUCUCCUUUCAUGAAAGUUGGGUCACCAACUCAAUCUCCUUGUCUGGACUGAGGUAUUUCACAACAUACCAAAUAUCAGUUGCAGCUGUCAAUAGAGCUGGUGUUGGACAGAAGGCUUGGAUCAACUUCACCCCUAAGGAAUUCGCACCAGGUCCUGUAAAUCGUGUGGUUGCCAUGGUAAUAUCCAGCUCUGCAGUGCAGACAAAGUGGGAAGCACCUCGCAUAUCUAAUGGCGAUAUCCUGUACUAUACACUGGAGUAUAGUAUGGUGAAUUCUCAGUCAUCUGUGCAGAGAGUCAAGGUCAAUAUCAGUACAGCAAUGUUACAAUACAACAUCACUGGACUACUGAACAACAGUGAUGUUCUGAUUACAGUGUUUGCUGUCAACUCUGCUGGUCCUGGACCUGGUGUUACUACACGUGUUAGCACUGCAGACCAUGCUAAAGACUCUGUGGAGAAGAGUCCAUCCUCCAGCCCACCAUCUCAAACUAAAGUCUUCUGCGCUGCUCCAACGGAUUUUUAUUGGAUUGCAUUCGUUGCAAGUUCUUUCAAUCCUGAAACCAUCUUUAUCUUGAGCCAAAAUGUCUCCCAUAAACAAACAGUGAAUGUGACAUGCAAGGAUGGAUUGUAUGUAUCAGGAAAUCUAUCACAACAGCAUCAAGUCAUCAAAUGUCAAGACAAUGGAACAUGGAGUGAGGAAUUUGUAGCAUGCUCAGGACCAGCAGAUGCGCAACCAGCACAGAUGCGAGGAUAUUAUGGAUCCAAAUCGUCCUCCAAUAUUGUAAUAAUUUCCACUCUUGGAGGGACAACAGCCAUCUUCUUAGUGAUCAUUAUGGUAUUUCUGGUCAUACCAUGUAUCAAGAGGUAUGCAGGGAAUACAUGCACGUCCGUAUAAGGAUGAUACUUACGUUUUUGAAUGGAUGUGAGUGGUGUGUCCAUUGUAUGUUGAUAUCAAGCCUACAAUAGAAGGCUUCUUUUUUUUGCCUUAUUGACCUUUUUUAUUCUUUUAUUAGAGUAAUAUCCUUAUCCUGCACAGUCAUGGCUGAUAAAACCCAUGACUUCGCAUCAUGCGUAAAUUUAGUGCUGAAACGAUUA